CGUUGUAACCUCAACAUUAAUUUAAGGUGUUUUAAUUCUAGAAUUAAAUCGAUGUUUAGACAAAUAAAUAUGAAAUAAAAUUAAAUAUGAGUUCAAUAAUGAAUGUAGAUUGGUUUCAUAAUAAAUUAACACGAACUGAAGCUGAAACUUUACUUAAAAAUAAUAAAACAGGUAAAGGUACGUUUUUGGUACGUGAGAGUAAUUCAUCGGUUGGUGAUUAUGUAUUAUCAGUUUUACAUUCGAAUAAUGAAGUGAUACAUUAUCAAAUUCGUAAACAUGGUGAUGAUGCUUUUUUUUCAAUUGAUGAAGAACAUAUAAUCCAUGGGUUAGACAGUUUAAUUGAACAUUAUCAACAAUUACAAUUAAUAAAUAAUAACAAUAAUUCAAGUACAAAUAAUAAAAUAGAACCAGAAUUAAAAUAUCCAAUACAAGGUAAUCCACCCCCAUAUUACACGCGUAGACAUGGACAAACGAAUCUAUUUCAUCGGGCUACAGAACGUAGUGGUUAUAAUGUGGUACGAGAAAUGUUAAAUUGUGGUUAUCGUAGCAUCGAUGCAAAGAAUCAUGAUGGACAGACAGCUGCACAUAUAGCAAGUCGAAAGGGUGAUAAUGAUAUUUUAAAGGAAUUAAUUGAAAAUGGUGCCAAUAUUAAUUGUGUUGAUGCAGCUGGAUGUACUCCAUUACAUUACGCAUGUCAAAGUAAUUUAAUAAACACCGUUAAAUUAUUAAUAUUAGAAGGUAAUGCCAACGUACAAAUACGAAAUCAUGAUACUGAUUGGGUGCCAUUACAUGAAGCUGCAAAUCGUGGUUAUUACAAUAUUAUCGAAACGCUCUUAGCUUUAAACGCACCAGCACGACCACGCACAAACAAAGAUGACACACCAGAAGAUUUAGCAUACGCAAAUAAACAUUACGCAUGUGCACAAUUGUUGCGUGAAUAUAAACAACCAGCAGCUAAGACGAGCAAAGAGGAAUGGUAUCAUGGUACGUUAGAUCGAAAUGAAGCGAAUCAAAUAUUCCAUAAGUAUGGAGUCACACAGCCGAAUAAUGUUAUCAGGGAUGGUACAUAUUUAGUACGGUAUAGUGAACGAAAUAAUAAUGCGAAUGAUUCGAUAUCGAAUGGAAAUUAUGUACUUACCAUGAUGGCACAGAAUAAGACGUAUCAUUAUAUAAUUGGCAGAAAGGAUUCGUUCUACUAUAUUGAUAAAGGACCCUAUUUUGAGUCAUUAGAACAUGUCAUCGAAUACUAUAGUCAUUUUUCGGAUGGAUUAUAUUGUAAAUUACAAUAUCCAAUCAAGCCAUUACCAAAACCGCCCUUACCUGAGUUUUCAACAAUACCAAGAAUCGAUCGGCUUACAUUUAGGAGCCCCCUUACAAGUCCACUCAACCUGACCGCAUCAACGACAAUAACCGCACACCAAACAGACCUAGAUAAACAAAUUAAUUUAAACAUAAGCAAUAAUAGUAAUAAUAUAAGCAUAGAAAAAGAAAUCGAAGAUACAAACACCUGUAUUAUAACAAAAGAUGACGAUAUGAACAACGAUGUUAUGUCACAAUUACAAUUAUACAACGAUUUAAUAAUCGCUAAAGAUCAAUUAAAAUUACAAAAUAUUAUUGGAAGCGGUGAAUUUGGUUUAGUUUAUAAAGGUCUAUACAUGAAUACGAUACCGGUUGCGAUUAAAACGUUAAAUAAUUAUAACAGUGAUUCGACGGAUCCGACAAGCACGAGUGACACGAAUUCAACAAGUAACGCAUUUAUUCAUGAAGCGAAACUUAUGUACAAGUUAAAACAUCAUUGUAUUGUUAAGCUAAUCGGAUUGAGUUACGAUUCUUUAAAUAACACGCUGAUGAUGGUCCAAGAAUUCGUUGAAUUUGGUUCCUUGUUAAAUUACAUGCAUUUACAACAACAGCAACCGGAUACUGUGUUAAAUACCACACAAUUGUAUAUAUGGUGUGCGCAGAUUGCAUGCGGAAUGUUAUAUUUGGAGCAACAACAGUACGUACAUCGAGAUCUAGCUGCACGAAAUGUUUUGGUGGCGUCACGAAAUCAAGUGAAAAUCAGUGAUUUUGGUUUAUCACGUACAUUUAACAAUAAUAGUAAUUAUUAUAAAGCGUGUAGUGGGGGAAAAUGGCCCGUGAGAUGGUAUGCACCUGAAUCGUAUAAUUAUGGAAAAUUUACACAUCAAUCGGAUGUUUGGAGUUUUGGAAUUUUAUUGUGGGAAAUGUUUACGUAUGGGCAACAACCGUAUGGUGAUUUGAAAGGUGUUGAGGUGAUAAAAUUAAUUGAUAAUGGACAACGUUUAUCAAAGCCCGCACAUUGUCCAGACAAAAUCUAUAAAAUAAUGUUGGAUUGUUGGCAACAUGAUCCACAAAAACGUCCCACAUUUCAACAGUUAUUUGACUUGUUUGCCGCUGAACCUGGUUACAUGAACAUACAAGAAUUAAUACAUACAGACGAUAUUAGCUAA